AUGAACAUCCUUUCCAAGUUGCUUGACAUUGAUGCCUCUGAAAAGAUUUUUCAAUUUCAUCCUAAGUGCAGAAAGGUGAACCUAACUCACUUAUGUUUUGUUGAUGAUUUACUUAUCUUUUGCAAAGGAAAUUUAGACUUAAUUGUUGGGGUGAAGUGUGUUUUGGAAAGGUUCUAUGAGUUAUCUGGACUGAGGCUUAAUGCCUCCAAAACUGAAAUUUUUAUUGCUGGUGUCAAUGGUAAUCAGAAGGCUUUGGUGCAUGAGGUUACUGGAUUCAAAAUUGGCUGCCUCCCUGUGAGAUACUUAGGAGUACCUCUUGUCCCCAGGAAAUUAACUGAGAAGGAUUGUGUUAAUCUGGUGGAGAAAAUUAAAGCUAAGCUUGGACUUUGGUCUAAUAGAUGGCUGAGUUAUACUGGCAGGUUGCAACUGGUGAAAGCUGUUUUGUUCAGUAUUGCCAAUUUUUGGUGGAGGCAGCUUAUUCUUCCUGCUGCAGUGGUUAAAAGAGUGGACCAGCUUUGUGUUAGGUUCUUUUGGAAUGGAGGUGAUGUUCCAGCUAAGGGGGAUCGGGUGAGUUGGGAGGUAAUUUGCACCUUUAAAUCAGAGGGGGGACUGGGCCUUAAGAAUUUGAAAAGUUGGAACAAGGCUUGUAUAAUACUGCUGGUUAAGGAGAUUUUUGCUGCUGAGGGCUCUCUUUGGGUUGCUUGGGUGAGGACAUGUGUUCUUAAAGGGGCUGAUUUUUUGUCUAUGGAGUGCAAAGCCUCGUUCAGCUGGAGCUUGAGGAAAAUUUUGAAAGCUAGGGAGGAAGUAUAUCCUCUGUUUGUAGGAAUCACAGAUUGGGGCAAGGUUAAUGCUCGAUGGCUGUGGCAGGGUCUUAGGGGGAGGAAGGAGAAGGUUGGGUGGCAGAAGAUUGUAUGGUUCCCCAUGCAUAUACCCAAGCACUCCCUCAUUGCUUGGAUGACUGUUCUUGAUAGGUUGCCUACUGAUGAUAGGUUGAUUCGUUUGAGGAUUGAGGUGAAUGAUAAAUGCAGAUUAUGUGAUGUUGUAUGUGAGACUCGCAGCCAUAUAUUUUUUGAAUGCCCUUUUUCGAAGGCUGUUUGGGAAGGGGUUAUGCGGUUGUGUAGCAUUGAUAGACCUGUGGGAAAUUGGGAGGAGGAGAUGGACUGGGCGAUAUCUCGGUUCAGAGGUAAGACUCUUUAUUCGUUUAUUCUUAGAUUAGCCUGGUGUGGAUAUAUAUACUGUAUAUGGGAAGAGAGGAAUCAUAGGCAGUUUAGGAAGAUACAUAGGGGAACUGAUGUUGUGAUCAAUUGA